AUAUAUAUACGUGUGUGCUGGACGGAACUCGCAUAGACCAGUCGUCUCCUAUAUUCUGAUUGCAUAAGUGUAUUUCGUUUUUAGAUGUAAUUCUGUAAGUUUCAAAAUGAUGCUAAAAGUGGUGUGCUUAAUUUUGUUGAGUGUUAGUUUUUGUGAAUGCGUUUUUACUCCCGUUGGAUAUAACCCAUAUAAUGGUGCACCCAGAAGACCGUAUCUCGUGUCAUCAUUAGCUAAUGCUUUAUAUAGUAGCAACAACCAAGCAACAUUGAAUAAUGCAGAAGCCCCUAAAUCAGCAAAUAAUCUAGGAUCAGGAGGGAGCGCCACCUCACCACAACAGUAUGCUGUAUCGCAACAGCAGUAUGGCCAACCCCAACAGCCGCAGGAUGUUCAAUCGCAACAGCAGCAGUAUGGCCAAGUUCAACAGCCGCCGGUUCAGCAACUUCAACCGCCGCAGGUUCAGCAACUUCAACCGCCGCAGGUUCAGCAACCUCAACCGUCGCAGUAUUGGCUACUUCAACAGUCACAGAACUUUCAACAGCAACAGCCGCAGGUUCAGCAAACUCAAUGGCAGCAGUAUGACCAACUUCAACAGCCACAGUAUGGCCAACUUCAGCAGUCGCAGGUUCUGCAACCUCAACAGCCGCAGGUUCUGCAACCUCAACAGCCGCAGGUUCUGCAACCUCAACAGACGCAGGUUCUCCAACCUCAACAGCCGGCGGAUGUUCAACCUGUGCAAACAGAAACUCCGCAACCGUUACCACAAUCAACUCAGAAAUAUUUUCCUAAUCUACAACAACGGGUGAACGCAUUUAAAUCAUCGGCUGAUCCAGAAACUGUACAACAAAAUACGAAAAGUAAUGCUAGUACGCCACCAAUAGAAUCCAGACCAUUACCGUUUGCGCAUCUACGUGCGAGUUUCAAACGGCUAACUAGCAGUGACGCGGCUACUGCACCAGCACCCGAGGAGUCUGUUACACCAGCACCGCAGGUUGUUCCGCUAGCAUCACAGCAGUAUGCCCCGCCAGCACAACAACAGUAUGCUCCAACAGCGCCACAGCAAAAUUUUCAACCAGCGCCACAGCAAUAUGCCCCGCUAGCACAACAACAGAUUGCACCAACAGCGCCACAGCAAAAUAUCCAACUAGUGCCAGAGCAAUAUGCCCCGCCAGCACAACAACAGAAUGCACCAACAGCGCCACAGCAAAAUAUUCAACCAGUGCCACGGCAAUAUGCCCCGCCAGCACAACAACAGUAUGCUCCAACAGCGCCACAGCAAAAUUUUCAACCAGCGCCACAGCAAUAUGCCCCGCUAGCACAACAACAGAUUGCACCAACAGCGCCACAGCAAAAUAUCCAACUAGUACCAGAGCAAUAUGCCCCGCCAGCACAACAACAGAUUGCUCAACCAGCGCCACAGCAAAAUAUUCAACCAGUGCCAUGGCAAUAUGCCCCGCCAGCACAACAACAGAUUGCUCCAACAGCGCCACAGCAAAAUAUUCAGCUAGCGCAACAACAAUAUGCCCCGCCAGCACAACAACAGAAUGCAUCAACAGCACAACAGCAAUAUUUUCGAGCAGCACCACAACAAUAUGUUCCGCCAGCAACACAACAAUUUGCUCAACCAGCACCACAGAAAACCUCUAAUUCGGCACUAUUUCCGCAUUUCGCACGACCCCAACCAACGCCAAUGGCCGCACGCCCCCUACCAAAGAAAAUUGUUGCACCUUCAAGUAACGUGGCUCAGACGAAUACCCAAUCGCCGGCAGUUAUCAUCUCCCCGGCAGGUAUCGAUCCUAACAUAGAUACCAACACUAACGCGGACGGCACGACACCUCCCAUGGAAGGAACGUCAAAACCAAAAUUUCUCAUGAAUAUUUAUUAUUCGCAUAAUACUGACCGCAAACCCCCUGUAGGUCAGCAGGUUCCUGUGCAAGUCGCAACUCCAAAGCCAAUAAAGCCGCCUGCGGACAGACGAAACUUGCCGAAAAUUCUUCCCGCGAACAAUUUCAUUUCGUAUUUUGAAGACAAAGAACUGGAGAAAUCGUUCGGAGUGACCAAAAAACAGAAAUAUGCAAUUUUAGAAGAAAUGAACAAAAGGCGUGCAAAAAUUUAUCUACAGUCUAACAUUAAUGUUUUGAGAUGGAAUGAAACGUUGGCCGAACGAGCUGCGGCUGAAAUAAAUUCAUGCCUUUACUUUAAUAAAGGCAAUGGGGCUAUCUAUGCAAUGAUCUAUGAAAAAUAUACAGGUACCAGUUUAAUUAGUGAAGCAGUAGGAAGAUGGGCGGAUGAAAAAAAUAAAUUCCGUCUAUCCGUCCCCUGUACUGAUGUCAAAGCAUGCAGAUAUUCACAGAUUGUUUGGGCUGAGACAAGAGAAGUUGGUUGUGCCAGACAAACCUGUAACGACAUGUCGAUGGUUGCUUGCAUGUAUGAUCCUCCAGGUAACGUCAUCGGAGAACAAGCCUAUAAACCAGGAAGAGCCUGUAGCAGAUGCGCACCUGGCAGCAGAUGCAACACUGAUAAUCUCUGUGAAUGGUAAAGAAAUAACAAGAAGACAAUCUGAUUAUUUAUAUCCUGAUGUUUUAUUUAAUCUUGUAUAUAUGAACUGAGCCUUCAAGUAUUGAUUAAAUUAUUUUAAUCAAGUAUCGAUUAUGUUUGAAUCGAAUAUCGAUUAUGUACGAACCAGGUAUUGAUUAGGUUUGAAUCGAGUAUCGAUUAUAUUUUUAUCGGGUAUUGAUUAUGUUUGAAUCAGGUCUCGCGAAUGAAUCUAACUCUGAUGUUCUUUAAAUACAUAUUAAUGAAAUAAAGUUUCCUAAUUUGGUGUUUUAUAUUCUGGAAAAUGAAAUAAAUUGUU